GACAGAACAGAGACAGAGACAGAGACGAGGGACGAGCCAUGACGGACGGGGGGCAUCGGUCAGGAGCCUGGGACGUCCGCAUGUGACCCACACUUAGAAUGUUAAGAUGCCCCUCCGCGGGUUCACCCCCCUCCUGCUCUGGAUCCUUCCCGUGUGGCGAGUCCUGACGCCGGUGAACGCCCAUCCUCCGCUCAGCCGCUGCCAUCUGAUGCAGAAUACGGCGGUGUGCAACGACCGCCGGCUGUCCUCCGUCCCCGCGGACCUGUCCCAAAACAUCGAGGAACUCCAACUCCACCAGAACCACAUCACGACACUAACGGACGACUCUCUGCGCCGCUACCCCGCGCUCAGGACGCUUAGCUUAGCCUGCAACCAGCUAACGACGAUACAGUCCGCCGCCUUUCGAGACUCGCACGUGCUAACCAGUCUGAACUUCGCCAAUAACAGCCUUUCCGUCGGGUUUCACGAAAGCGGCGCGGCGUUAAACGAGCUACGAACUCUACAAAGUCUAGAUCUUUCCGAGAAUAAAUUGGACGAGGAAAUGGUGGGAGUUCUGCUCGGGAAUCUGACAUCCGUGGAACGCCUGAACCUGUCCGGAAAUGUCAUCCAACGACUGGACGAAGAUAUAUUCCGUCGUCUUCAUCGUUUGACGGAGCUGGACCUGCAACGAAAUUUUUUAUUCGAGAUCGACAACGCUUUCCACGGCAACCACAAACUCCAGAGGUUAAACUUGGCGUUCAACAGUCUCCCAUGUCUCACGGACUUCCACCUGACGCAGCUGCAGGUUUUAAACGCGAGCAACAAUCUCAUCGACUGGUUUAUUUCGAGACAAGACGUUAACGAAACUUUCCAAUUAGAAACGUUGGAUCUGUCUCAUAACAACCUUCUGUUUUUCCCGUUUCUCCCGACCCGUAGCCAUUUGCAAAACCUGUACCUGUCCGAUAAUCGUUUAAGUUUUUACGAACACUUGGACAACUCCACGAACCCGAACAUCACCACUACUGUCGAGUUUUACAAUCUGAAAAACUACGCCGCCAACGUCACGGCACAACUGUGGCAGGAGGAUCUUCACGGGGACGUUUCUUCUUUGCUAAUUUUAGAUCUAAGAGGAAAUCAUGUGACGUACUUCCCGCAAGGAUUUAUUCAAAAAAUGCCGCUUUUGUCCAGACUCAAAAUGUCCGUUAACUGUCUGGAGAAACUGAACUUCACUUCGGAGCGGUUUUCCGGGAGCUUGUACGAACUAGACGUUAGCCGGAAUGAGCUAAACCACGUACAAGCAAGUGACGACGAUUUGAGGACGCUUGGGAAUCUGACGUAUUUUAAUCUGAGCCAGAAUAAUCUCAGUUUUCUUCCGACGAGGUUAUUCCCGUCUUUGCUAAACCUCAGGUCGGUGGAUCUGAGCUAUAACGACAUCGACGUUUGCGUUGAGGAGCCUGUGAAUAACUUCUCCCGUUGCGUCGACUGGAAAGACGUAAGAAACUUAAAACAGCUUUAUCUAAAAAGCUGCAACAUCAAAAAUAUUCCUAACUCUGCGUUUUCAGGAAUGUCGCUUACGCAUUUGGAACUGUCGGAAAAUCCAGGUUUGAACGUGGAACAAUCGCUCCAAACUCUAUGGACGACGUUACAACACCUGGGUUUGGGAAACACGAAAAUCCAAAACUUUGACUUUUCAGAAUUCCAAAGUUUGAAAUCCCUGAACAUCUCGAGCAACUCUCUUUCCCAAUUCCCAACUUCACUUCGGCAAAUCGGGCUUAAAAGUCUGGAUUUGAGAGACAACGUUUUAUCGACCAUCCCGGCGGACCAGGCUGGAGCGCUAGCAACGACUCUUACGACGGUUUACCUCACGGGGAAUUCGUUUAACUGCUGCCAAACGGAAUGGUUCAGGACUUUUGAAAAACAAGAGACACUGAACAUAGCGGAUAAAUCGGAUAUCAAAUGUGUAGAUUUUUUCCGCAGGACUCAUUUUGUGGAGAGGUUUGACCCGUCGUUGUGUUUCGUCCAGACAGAGCCGUUGUUCUGGUACAUCGUGUUGUUCGUGCCGGUUUGCGUGUCGUUCGUGGGAAUUUCUGUCAUUCUUCUGCUCACGGUGAAGCCGAAAGUGUUAGAAAACUCCAUUAAGAAGAAGUGUUUGAAACCCACUCCGUACUAGAACUUUAUAAACAAAACAAAAACACUGGAUUUAUGUCACUGUGUCUGAAAGUUGCGGGUUCAAACCAUAGACUGUAGCUACGGUUAGCCGCUACAACUGCUAGCUCAUCCAGGCUAGCAGUUAUAGCGGCGAAUCUGGAGCUUUCUGACUUCCGACCGCGAGUAUCAUAGCAACCAAAGAGCCAAUCCGGAGCGAGGCUGUUGAAGGUAACGCCUCUUCCCUGCCGCACUGAUGAUUUAGCAGAGAGUGGGCCCUUAGCAACGCUGUCAAUCAAACCUGUUGCUAACGCUAACAGGAGCGACCUCGGGGAAAGAAGGACCUGAUUUGUCUGUUAUUAAUGUUCAGAUCUUGAUUUACAGACACACUUUAGCAACGUCUAUUUAUAUAAACACUGGUCCCUCGUUUAUCGCGGGGGUCACGUUCUAAAAAUAACCCGCAAUAAACGUAAUCUGUGAAGUAUCGUCUUUAUUUUUUACAUUAUUCUCUCUGUUUUUGUCUGUAAAACCCCUCACCACACACUUUAUACACUUUUCUCACACAGGCGUUAACAUUUUCUCACAUUUCUCUCUCGUUUAAACUCUCUCAAAGUUCAAACCUUCGUAGGCGUCUUUGUCGGUACAGAACGUUUCAUCGACAUUGUGGGUUUUGUCGGGGAGAAAACAAAUCGCAAACGUACAGCACUUCAGAGUCACACUGAGAUCCAACGUUUAUGUAAAUUUGUCUGAACACAUUCUGUACUGGACAGGAGACACGGCACGGAGGAGACUGAUGGACAAUGGUCUACAGUCCAACAGCCAAUCAGGACGCACGACACAAUGGUCUACAGUCCAACAGCCAAUCAGGACGCACGACACAAUGGUCUACAGUCCAACAGCCAAUCAGGACGCACGACACAAUGGUCUACAGUCCAACAGCCAAUCAGGACGCACGACACAAUGGUCUACAGUCCAACAGCCAAUCAGGACGCACGACACAAUGGUCUACAGUCCAACAGCCAAUCAGGACGCACGACACAAUGGUCUACAGUCCAACAGCCAAUCAGGACGCACGACACAAUGGUCUACAGUCCAACAGCCAAUCAGGACGCACGACACAAUGGUCUACAGUCCAACAGCCAAUCAGGACGCACGACACAAUGGUCUACAGUCCAACAGCCAAUCAGGACGCACGACACAAUGGUCUACAGUCCAACAGCCAAUCAGGACGCACGACACAAUGGUCUACAGUCCAACAGCCAAUCAGGACGCACGACACAAUGGUCUACAGUCCAACAGCCAAUCAGGACGCAGGACACAAUCCACGUUCAGGCAAUGUAAAAAAAAAAACGUGUAAAACUGCACAAAAAAAUGGGCGAGACAGAGAAAUGUGAACCGUGACGUCACUACAGUCUAUGGUUCAAAUCCCGCACACUGUUGUUGUGUCUUUGGGCAAGUGCGUGUGUGACUUUUUGUUCUUUUCUUUGUCAUCUCGUGUACAUUUUGUGAAUCGAUAAAAGAUGUGAAACGAUCGUCAGUGUCUCUGUGGCACAUGAUUAAAUUAAAUUAUUAACUUUAACGAGUC